AUGUCAAGCCCAUUCACUGAAUCCAUUCCAAUGGAUCAAGAUUCUGAAAGCUCGGUUGUUGAAGAAGUAGUCAUGCCUACAGAAGGAGCUCAAUAUUCAAGAAGCUCAGUCUUUGAUCUAGAACAAAGCUCUGCCGAAAAGGAUUUAAUAAUUGGAAAGCAGGACAUUAGAAUCAGUGAGCUUGAAAAGGAGAACUUAAUUAAAGAUUCAAAAAUCUCAGAACUUCAGGGAAAUCUAGGUGGUCUAACUGCUUUAUUCUUUAACCUGAAACUGCGCCUAUUUCAAAAGUUUGGAGAUGAAUUUCAUCCUUUAAGCGCGGAAGGAGAAAAGAUCAAUGCUUCCAGUUCUGGCCCCGCCAAUCCAACUCCUCAAUCUUCAAGUGAAAGAGUUGCAAGACCUGCUCCGGAUGCCAAUCUUGAUACAUUCUUAUGA